AUGGCUGAGGUGGCAGAUCCAGGCCCGGCCGAGCCCCAGGCACGCCAUAUCGUGUACUGUGGAGUGUGUACUCUUCCCCCCGAGUAUUGUGAAUUUGGAGGUACCGCGAAGAAAUGCGAAGAGUGGCUGAAGGACGCAGAGCCCGACCAGUGGAACAAAUUAUAUUCCGAAGAUGCUCUGAAUGCCAAUCUAUCCGCUCUAUCCGUAUCGGCCCAGGAACGCGCGGCCAAAGAUGCCGCCAAGAAAGAGGCCAAAGCUGCACAGUCCGAGGCACGCGAUGCUGAGAAGAAGGCUGCCUCUAAAGUCAUUAUCAAACGAGUCGAGCGCAAUAAGCGGAAACACGUGACCGUGAUUACGGGCCUGGAGGUUUUUGGAUUGGAGAACAAGAAACUUGCGAAGGAACUGGGCAAGAAAUUCGCCACUGGAUCUUCCAUGACCCGCUCGCCGGCGGAGCAGAGGAAAUCACCGUCCAGGGCGAUGUUAGCGAGGAUGUGCGUGAGUGGUUGA